AUGGUAUUACGUGUCUAUUUUAUUUCGACAACAGGUCGUCGAGAUAUACGUAAAGGACAAAUUCAUGUAUUUUCUGUACUUAGUUCAUGGAAAUUUGAAUAUCAAGCAAUUGAUGUAGCUGCACCAGAAAAUGAAAAUGAACGAAAUUUUGUUAUUGAUACUGGUAAAAAAUCAGAAGAUGGUAAAGUUAUUUUACCACAAAUAUUUCAAGAAGAAGAAUGUUGUGGAAAUUAUUUGGAUUUUUUAAAUGCUAUUGAAGAUGAAAAAUUACGAUUAUUUCUUAAAGAAAUAGAAGAACAAGAAUUUAAUGCUAUGAAACAAAAGAAAUAUGAAGAAAAAUUAACAAAUAAUGAAACUACAAAUGGUAAAUUUAUUCUUUUAGGAAUUAAGAUUAAAAAUAGAAGACAUAAUCGAAUUAGAAUAUUGAUAUAA